AUGUUCUAAAAAUUUGGAUAACAACUCAAACCAAUAAUAAAUCGUUCCUCUUCUGAGAACAGAAAGGAAUAAUCAGUUACUAAGCCCAAUUAUCAUUUCACACAAAAAAGAGAGAGAAGUGAAUCUAAAGUACAAUAAUCUACAGUUGAAGAUUAAAAUCAGAAUAGUUUGAAACCAUAAUCUAAUUUGAUUUAGAGUAUUCCAGCAGCAUAGAGAUUGACAAUAAAAUUGCCAGACUUAAAAGGAUAUUAGAAAUAAAUGGAAAAAUCAAUAUCAGGAGCUGAUUUGACUAAGAAACCACCUCUAUUGAAAAACAGAUUGAUAUUAGAUUCAAAAACAAAACAAUAGCUUUAAGGAUAGCAGAAUUCAUUAACACAGACUCUUCCUAUUAAGAGUUAAAGAGAGGAGGGUCAAGGUAGUUAACAAUAAUCAAAAAAUAAAAUAAAGAUAACACAUUGUAGUUAAUCAAGAGCUGGGUUUGAUGGCAUAUAAGAUAAAACUAAUUAAGAUAAAGAACUUUGUUUAUAAUUAGAUGAUAAUAAUCAUGCAUUUGCAGUUAUGGAUGGACAUGGGAUGGAUGGUGAAUAUGUUAGUUCAUUUAUCAAAGAGUUGUUAAAAUGUAUAAAAAUGUUAUGUAUGUAGAUAAUUUAACUAAAUUUUAUAAGACAUUUGAUUUUCAGAAAGUCUUCUUUGAGAUGCAUCAAAAAAUGAAGUUUUAGUAAGAAUUCGGAUGUCAAUUCUCAGGAAGUACUUUGACAGUAGUAUUAAUAAGAGAGAAUAAUAUUUAAUGUGGAUGGGUAGGUGAUAGUAGAGCCAUUCUUGUAAAAAGGAACAAUAAUAAUGGUGGAAAUUUAAAUGUAGUUGAAUUAUCUGUGGAUCAUAAACCACAUUUGGAAAAUGAAAGAUUGAGAAUAGAAUAAAAUGGAGGAGUGGUUGAUACUUAUCAUUUACCUAAUGGAGCACCAAUAGGACCCUCAAGAGUAUGGGCAAGAGGAGCACAAUUUCCUGGAUUAGCUAUGAGCAGAAGUUUAGGUGAUACUGUUGCAGCUGCUAUUGGAGUUUCAUAAACUCCUGAUAUUAAAUCUCAUGAUAUUGAUUCUAAAGAUGAUAUUUUUAUUGUUUUAGGCUCAGAUGGAAUAUGGGAGUUUUUGGAUAAUUAAAGCGUAUUAUCAGUUUAAUUAUCAAGAUUGCUGAACUUGUGUAUCCAUUUUAUCAAAAGAAUGAUGCUUAGGGAGCAUGUUAGAAAAUUAUUUAAGAAUCAGUCGCUGCAUGGAAAGCUCAUAGUGAAGGAAUAGAUGACAUUACUGCAAUUGUUAUUUUCUUUUAAUAUGAAUUGUGA